CCCCCUCCACUCCUCUCUCCGCGCAGACUCAAGCGCGCAGCCUUCCGAAAUCCGACGCCGUUUCCUCAAACCAGUACCUAUAGGUAUAGACUAUAGGCUGAGACUUACUGACUACUGGCAGCUUCGUACGCAGUCAAAUUCAAGCCACCAUUUGGGACGGACGCAUCGCGUUGCCGUUGUUGCUUAUAAUAUAAUAUAAUAUAAUAUAAUAUAAUAUAAUAAGCAUAAUAAGUAUAAUAAGAUGACGACGGCUGCGAGGCCGACUUUUGAUCCGGCGCGCGGAGGGCAGGGUCGAGGAGAAAAGGAUUUAAGUGCCAUUAGUAAACAAUAUUCGAGCAGAGAUCUCCCGUCUCACACCAAAUUAAAAUAUAGGGAACAAGGUCAAGGCACAAUUGACGAAUUGAGGAAUCGCGAUUUUCGCAAAGAAUUGGAGGAGAGAGAAAGAGAAGUAAAAGACAAAGCAGCCCCGAGGAGAUUGGCGAUCGAACCAACAAGAGAAGUAGCAGCUCCCGCUAAAAGAUUAAAAAUGGACCAAGCUGCAAGCCUAGAUGCGGAUGACCCGCUAGAUGACGAUGAUUCCGAAUCCGAGUCGGAUGAUGAUGAUACCGAAGCUUUGAUGGCGGAGCUGCAACGUAUACGAAAGGAGAGGGCUGCAGAACAAGCCAAAAAAGAAGAAGAAAAACGACAGGAGGAAGAGAGGAUCCGUAUGGAGAAUAUCUUAUCGGGGAACCCUCUAUUAAACUAUGCUGCACAGAGUGGUCGAACCGACAUGAAGGUUCGACGACGAUGGGACGACGACGUCGUUUUUAAAAAUUGUAGCAGGUCUGAGCCAAAAAAGAAUCAAAAUAUCUUUGUCAAUGACUCCUUGAGAAGUGAGUUUCAUCGUAAAUUCAUGGAAAAAUAUGUGAAAUAACUUGAUCUUUUAGAUAAAAUAAGAAACUAAAUGUUAAACAAAUUAUAGCUUAUUGAAAGAAGCACGCAAUUGUUUUAUAUACUAAAGGAAUAAUAUUUAUCUUAAACAUAAACAUUUAUUGAAACGAAAUGUCUACAUGGAUUAAUAGAUAAAUUUAUGAAACUAAUUGAGUAUUAUAAUAUAAUAAUUUGGUUUUUUUAUUUAUUAAUUUGCAGGUUAUAUAAGUUUUUAUCCUAUCGCAUAAGAUAUUAGAAUAAGCUAUUGCUACAAGAUAUUUUUUAUUUAUGUACAUAAUACACUACAAAAAUGAAAUAAUAAAAUCUUGUCAAAAA